AUGGGAUGCGUGGGUAUUCUGGCUGACGCAAAAUGCAAAGCUCCAGGUUCUUGGGCCAGGAAUGGGAGUAUCCGCAGAAAUGUUCGUCUUCAUCAAUCUAUGCAAUGCUCAGUGAACGGAUGUGGAUCCAGUGACGAUGCAAUUUCAGUGCUCAGUGACCUUGGCUGGGUGGUGCGAGUCCGAAUUGACGGACUGUU